AUGACUGGUUUGGAAGUGGGGUUGGGGUUGGCUGGCUCAACCGCGGUGGGCACUGCAGCCCUUAUCUGCAGUGACAGCAGUUAUCGCGAAUUAAGUACGCAAGUCGACCUGGAUAUCACGCACAUUGAGAAAUCCAUUGCUCAGCUAGAGCGGCAGUCCUUAGAUGGAAAAUCAAUUAAGGUGGAACAAGCCAACAAACCAUCAUUUGAAAGAGGUGGUAGGCGGGGCCCACCCCCUCCAAAAAGCAGAAGUCCUCCAAGAGGUCCUAGACAUGGAAGAGGUGGAAGUGGUGUAGCAAGAGGGCCAUCUUGUGGAGGUCACAUGGAUGACAGUAGGUAUUCUCUCAAUUUCAUCAUGGGUUCUUCCAGGGCUCCACUCCCAGUUAAAAGGGGUCCACCUCCACGAAGUGGGGGACCUCUGCCUAAAAGAUCUGCACCUUCUGGACCAGUGCGUAGCAGUAGUGGAAUGGGAGGAAGAGGGCCAGUGUCUCAUGGAAGAGAUAACUAUGGAGGUCCUCCACGAAGAAAACCAGUGUCAUCACGCAGAGAUGUCUAUAUGUCUUCAAAAGAUGGUAGUGACAGUAAUAAAGAGAGUUAUUCAGGCAGAGAUAAUGUAAGUUUUCGGGAUACCAGAGCUAAUGCUCCAUCUCCAAGGGAUUACACACACAGUGACUAUGGCCACUCUAGCUUUCAUGAUGAAUAUACAUCUAGAGGAUACAGUGACCGUGAUAGCAAUGGCGGAGGUCGUGAUAGAGACUCUUCAGAUCAUCCAAGUGGAGGAUCCUACAGAGAUUCUUAUGAGAGUUAUGGUAACUCUCAUACUGCUCCUCCUACUCGAGGGCCUCCUCCCUCUUAUGGAGAAAGUAGCCUCUAUGAUGAUUAUAGCAGCACAAGAGGUGGAUAUGAUGGAAGUCGUGAAAGUUACUCAAGCAGCAGAACUGACAUCUAUUCAAGUGGUUAUCAUCAUAUUGGCAGACAAUGGAGAGGGCUUCUGUCUUCACAGGAUAGGGGAUAUCGUGCCCCUAGUCAUUCAUAUAGGAGUUCAAGCCCUGGAGCACCAAGAGGCGGUGGCUGUGACUGAUGCCGAUCUGAAAGAGGAGACGUGGUGUGA